AAGUAACCGUUUUUUUCUAGAUCAUUGCAACAUGUUCAUCUUUGUUUCACUUUUUCUUCUUCUCUUUCCUCCACCUUUAUCAUCAACACUUUUCUCUCUCUCUCUCUAAAUGUCUUUUAAACACCUCCAUUGUAUAAUUCACAUUAAAAAUCAACUUGGGUCUCUUCCAAAACCCCCCAAACACCUCUCAUUACAAUGGCUAAAGGAAUUUCCAAGUACCUCUUCUUGUCAUGCCUCUUUUCCAUUCUCACUGUCUACUCUGCAGGAACUUUGGUGGGUUUUUCCUAUGAUGCAAGGAAAAGCAACACAAUUUCGUCGUCAAUCGAAACAAUAUCAUUCCUGAAACUCAACAAGGUCUCACCAUCUCAGAUAAGGGUUUUUGUUGCAGAUCACAGUGCUUUAGAUAGUCUAUCCAACACUAGUGUAUCUGUUGAUCUUUACUUGAGUGAAACCCAUAUCGAGAAUUUGAAAAUUCACAAUCCUUCAACAAUUUCGUGGCUCAAAACCCAUCUAAUUACCUUCCUCCCAAAAGUGAAAAUCAAGAGCAUCAUAAUAAGUGGCAACAGAAAUGACCUACCAGGACAAAAGCUUCUAUCCACCUUGAAAUCAAUCCAUUCAAUCAUCACUAGGAUUUGCCCGAAAAGCCAAGUAACUGUAUCAGUCUCAUUCUCCUUGUCAUUCUUAGAGAACUUGAACAGAAAACAAGAGAAAGACCUGCAUGAAAUUUUGAAUUUCAUCAAAAAAGCAUGUUCUUUCGUUGUUGUAGAAGCCAGAAUUGAUGAUGCAUUGUCCAUGGGAGACCGGUUUGUUGAAUCCGCGAUCAAAAGGGCUAACUCAGUAGCUUCUGUCAUUCCUUUUGGUGCUAAUGUUCCUAUAGUUUUGACAAUCAAGAGCCCUGCUGUUCCUAGUGGUACAGAAGUAGCCGAAUUCUCUGAUAAAAUUUCGAGGUCUUUGGAGAUUAGUACUCAAACUCUAGGAAAUUUAAUUGGGUUGUUUGCAGAAAUGUCUCCUGUCAAUGAAUUUGAGCAGAAAGAGCUUGAAAGGGAAGAAGAACAGAUGUUCCAUUCUUCCCAUAGAGAGCUCCUCCUCAAAACAACUCUACAUGACAUUGUCGAACCACCAACCACCAGCUUCCCCCCAACUCCCAUUACUAAUCCUACAACACCACCAGUUACCAUUCCCCCGGAAAACAACCCCACGCCAACCAUUGUCACUGUUCCCUCCACCAAUCCUGCUGUGCCAUUUCCUUACACUACUCCAACUCCCACGCCCUAUAAUGAUCCGGUCAAUUCACCAGUGCCCCUCACCAAUCCAGUCACAACACCAAUCACGGUUCCAGGAGGGGCACAACCAAUAACUAACCCUGUCACAACCUAUCCGGCCCCAACAGGAGGCGUUCCUGUCACAACACCAGUCACAACCCCGGUGGCUCCUCCUGCCACGACAAAUGCCCCUGCAGUCCCGGGGCAGAGCUGGUGUGUGGCGAAAGCUGGAGCGUUGGAGAGUGCACUGCAAUCAGCACUUGAUUAUGCUUGUGGGAUGGGAGGCGCGGAUUGUUCAAUGAUCCAGCAGGGUGCAAGCUGUUACAAUCCAGAUAGUCUUCAAAGCCACGCCUCGUAUGCGUUUAACAGCUACUAUCAGAAGAAUCCAACACAAACCAGCUGUGAUUUUGGAGGGACUGGCAUGAUAACAAAUAUCAAUCCAAGCUCUGGUUCUUGCAUUUACCCAACAUCAUCAUCAUCUUCAACACCAACCACCUUUCCGACGCCAACACCAACACCAACAACCUUUCCAACACCAACACCAACAACAACAACAGCAUCAUCAGGGGCACCAGUACCAGGCUAUGGUUCUCCUCCUACAGUGGUCAAUACAAGCAACCCUGCUUUAGGCACAACUAUUACCAACCCUGCUUCAGGUACCACAACAGUUUUCGAAAGCCCUCCGGGUGCUACCAACUCGACAUCCAUCUCAGCCAACUUACAACCAUCCAUUGGUGUCAUACUGAUAACAUCCAUCAUCACGGGAAUCUUUGUUCUGGACAUGUAGAGAUGUAACUUCUCCAUGCACAUCAACGAACGCAGAGCUCAUUGCUUCAGCAACAGCUCAGAGUUUUGGCUGUUCAAGCCAUGUACAGAUCUAUCUUCACAGGAAAAAGACAACAGCAAUGAGUUUUUCAAAGGCCCAAUUCUGCUUUCAAUGCUCACUGCUCAGCAUGUGACUUCAUGAGAUGUAAAGAUGCUAAUAGCUGAAGCUACCUGUAAUGUAUUUUAUUUUGAUCCACACUAUGUAUAUCUAGAGUAAGGCAGUUUAGGUUGACUGCUAAAAGAGGGGUUCAAUCUUGUAGUUGUAUGAAUUAUAUAGUUUGUGUAGGUUCAAAGAAAAAAAGGAAAAUUAAAAAAAUAUUCUCCGGAAAAUAACGUGCCAUAAAUUCUCUCAUAUCAUCAAACAGACCAAAUUUCCUAUUAUUGCAUCCACUUAAUUGUGUUA